CGCGGAGGUUUCCCGCCGGAUUCUUCCUCACCAACCCGCAACUCCCUCACCCCCCUUCCCUUCGUCCACUUACAACACAGACACUCAGGGGCGGCGGCGGCUGGCGGCGGCGGCGGCUGGCAGAAGUCGAGGGAGAGAAACGCUCGCACGCGAGAGACCAUCCACCCUCGCACCACCCGGGGGGACACACGUGGCGUCGAUUGGCGUGCGCCGCUGUUGUGAGGCCUAGGCCAGGCUCGAGCGGCCCAGGCCUCGCCUGGGGGCUCCCCUCUCGACCCGUGCCCCGGGGCCAGCCUCUCUACCCCCCGUUCCUCCCCCACCCACUCGGGAGUUGGCUCCGUGGCUCGCGUAGUCUUCGUCCCGCCAUCAUUUGGAGCUUCGCCUCGGUUCUCUGUUCGCCGUCCCCAGAGUUCUGUGUCCUCCCCGCCGCCUCACCCGAUAGGAUCCCGUCCGCCUCCGGGUGGCUGGGCGCGUGCCCCUCCGUGUUUGCUUGGCAAUUGGCGUCCGUGUUCGCAGUGCUGAUUAGUGAGCGAUGGCGGCGUGCGCGGUGGAGGCAAACCCGCGCGGGGACUUCCCGGCGUGGCUGGCUGCACGCGGCAUGAAGCCCACGUUCGCCGACGCCAUGGAGCGCGAGCUGGGGAUCAGCGACUACGAGGAGCUGCUGGCGUGCGCCGAGGACGCGCAGGUGACGGCCGAGCUGCUGGGCGCCGCCCGCGACCGCCUGCCCUUCGCCUUGUACGCCGUGCUGCGCCGCCUCGUGCUCGCGCUGGCGCCGGCGCAGCGGCGCGGGCGUCGCCGGCGGGGGACGAUCCCGGUCGCCGGCGACAACGACGACGAGGGAGAGGAGCGGCGAGGGUCCUUGGACGAAGACGACGAGGACGCGGGGGCGUGCGGUCCCCGCUGCGAGGGGGCGCUGGCGAGCCGCGCCGUUCUCGGCAGCCUCCUGGACGCCAUCGUGGCAACGCUGAGCUCGCUGAGUCGCGAGCUGCUGCAGUCGGCGCAGCGGUUCCGCUGCCUGGAGCCGGCGCUGGAGCCCGGAUACUGUGGCUCCAUUGGUGCGGCCGCGUCCAACUCUCCUGGAGAGAAGCUCAUCGACACAGACAUGGUGGACGAUGAUAACGUGGAGAGCCUGGCGGACUUGCAACACGGCGAGAUAGGAAUGAACGGACAUGCCAUUUCGAGUCAAAAACCCUGUGCAGACCGCGCCCAACGUGCCAACUGUGACCUCCACACCAGCACGCAGACGCCGUUUCUGAGCAUUAAGGUCGAGCAAGAGGACGAGACGGAAGGAGACACAGCAGCCGAAGCAGCAGGGUGCCGUUUGCACGCCGGCUAUUCAAAGCCACCAGCUGCAGAGCCGCAGGUCGCUGACGCCAGUAGCUCGCAGCACAGCAGUUCCGACUCGAACUUCCGCGUCACACUUUUGCCGGAGAGAGACAAAAGCGGCAGUUCGCCUCUUGACUGCGACUACGAUGAGGACAAGGAGGAGGAGGAGGAGGACGACCCGUGCGGUCGCUCUGCGUCAGCAGACGAGGGACCAUGCCGGCCAGAAUUCCUGGGCUACCUCGACGGCACCGCGCUGGCACUGGUAGACGGCGGUCUGGAAGGGCCGGGGCUCGGGGCGUUGUGCCGGGCCGGCGUCGGCGGCGUCGCGCGGAGCGGCUCGACCAGCGGGGAGGCGAGCCGCUGCUGCGAGCAGUGCGGCCGCUACUUCUCGUGCCGCAGCAAGCUUCUAGUGCACGUGCGGCGACACACGGGCGAACGGCCCUACCGCUGCUCCUGCUGCGGGAAGACGUUCGCGCAGGCAUGGAACCUGGUGCGGCACCGGCGGAUUCACGCGGGCCAAAAGCCGUACGAGUGCCAGAACUGCGGACAGGCCUUUAGUCAGCAGAGCGAGCUGCAGAAGCACAAGUGCCAGUCGCCGUCACCGCCACCAGCGGCAGUGAAGGAGGAGAAGGGUGGGGGGUGUGCCAGAUAGUGCUUGUGACGGAUCAGUCUGCCGAACAACGAGCUCGUCCCCCUCGCCGUCUCCGCCUCGUCGAUGUUUCGUGCCAUCACGGUGGCCACCGUCUGCUGUGGUGCGCCGUACAGCCGAAUGUGAUCCAUACUUUUAUUAGAAGCAGUCGUUGAUUGAUGAGUUGCCGUGUAACGAUUCACUGCUAACCCCCCACUCCAAAGGUGUGCUUUGAGGGUAGGGAAAAUGCCAAAUAAUUAUUUUAACUUUUUAUUUAGCGUCAGCCAUGCACAUUUUAUCUGAAAACACUGAAGAUUGUGAACUACGAACAACAUCCAGAAAGGGAUGAGGAAUGCUAUUAAGACAACGCAAAUACGGUCAAGGAUGUGUGGUAACCAAACACAAACCAGGCGGGGUGACGGUAAACACUUGAGCCCCUCUCAUUGCAGAACGUCUAGAGAAUGACCACACAUGUGUCCAGCGCGCCAACCAUGGAGGACUCCAGCCUGAGUCCCCUACCUGGAGUCACCACAAUGCUGCCAGAUCGACACCAGAAUGAUUCAUCCCCCCCGGUAGUUAAUAGCUGCGGACAGCGACCGCCACCCCUCACACACAAUGUAAUUUUCUCUAAGUUUCCACCACCCUCGCCACCUCUCCCGGGAGAGUCGAUGUAUCGUAAAGUUGUCAGGGUUGCAACCUGAUUCAUGAAUCUGUUGCGUGCAUCUCGUUUGUGUGUUCUCGUGUGUUCUGCCCGUUUCCGUGGCGUUUUCCGUCUCGCGUGUGUUUUCUGUCGCUCCUUGUGUUGUCCCUCUCGUUUGGUACAUGAGGCUACUCGAGCGUCGCACAGUGAUUCCUCGUUUAACACGACAGAUUCGUUCCCGAGAAGUGGCACGUUAACAUGAAAUGCAUCAAGCAAAAACAUUUUUCCCCACAAGAGAUAAUGUUAGGAAUAAGUUUGGCCAACUACGAUGUACACACACACACCAUAAGGUGGCGGGGCAGAGAAUUGAAUUUCGGGUACGUUACGCACUGUGUCAUUCUGCGUGUAUACCAAGCAUUCCCGUACCGCUCAGCCGUGCAGCUCAAGGAAGAGUAGUUCGUCGUCGGAUGCUCAGAAACCGUGUUAUUAUGACGGGCACAUUCUGCGUUUUGCAAAAAAGUAUUCCCUAAUAGAAGAACCGUGUUAUAGUGAAAUUGCGUUAAGCAAAGACUUGCCGUACAGUUUACGCAUGUGUUUUUUUUGCUAGUCAUUGAUUUUUGGGUUAAGCUGCAAUGAUCUGGCCAAAUCUUUUUUUUUUCCUAAGAUCCUCCACCGGCCAACACGGUCAAACGAAUUCAGAUUGUCACGAGGUGUACAGGCAUUUCGGGAUCAUUAAGGGCGGGUCAGCAAGUUACAAUGGCAAACAAUUUCAAAACUACUUUCGGAGUGCAAAAUAGGUAAGCAAGUCAGGAGAUAUAAACAAAUUAUAUAAUUCAACUUUUUUCAAGACUUUGACAAGGCAGCAAAAACAACAACAUAACACUCCCAGACCAAACUUAGGAUAACACAUUUAACGUGCCAACUGUUAUUGUUUCGGCUCACUCACCAGUGGGUUCAGAAAAUCUCGCAAACAAAUAUAAGCGUCCCUCGCAUAGCGUGCGACAUGCAUUCCUAAACAAUUAAGUAUCAAGUUUCGAUUUAAAGCUUUCGUGACUGCAAGGA